UCCUUUCUUUCCAGACAAACGACACAUCUCUCUCUUCUUUUGGCCUUUCGUUUCUCUAUUGGUCUCUCUGCUACAGCUACAAGCUCUUCUCCCAAUACGCCAUCUCCAAUCCAUCUUUAGUACCAACUUCUUCUGAAAAAAAAAAAAAAUUACAUUGAAGAUGAUAAAGGAGGAAUGACUAGAAGCAGAUUGCAAGUCAAGGAAAAUGCGAACGCUUUGCGACGUGUGCGAGAGCGCCCCUGCCAUCCUUUUCUGCGCCGCCGACGAGGCUGCUCUUUGCCGUGCCUGCGAUGAAAAGGUCCAUUUGUGUAACAAGCUUGCUAGUAGGCAUGUACGAGUUGGGCUUGCUGCUCCCUCUGAUGUCCCGCGCUGUGACAUAUGUGAAAAUGCACCUGCUUUCUUCUACUGUGAGAUAGAUGGCACUUCACUUUGUCUGCAAUGCGAUAUGAUUGUACAUGUUGGUGGCAAAAGAACCCACGGGAGAUAUCUCCUACUGAGGCAGAGAGUUGAGUUUCCAGGGGAUAAAUCUGGCCGUUUGGAGGAACUAGGGCUGCAACCCCGUGAUCCAAAUGAAGCAAGAAAAGAGCAGAGUCAGCCACCUAAGCUCAUGGCAAGAGAGAAUCAGCAGAAUCACAGAGUCCCUCUCAUUCCAGUGCUAGACAACAAUAUUGGUAGUGAUAGCAAGAUGGAAAACCAAAUGAUUGAUCUCAAUAGCAGGCCCCAACGGGUACAUGAACAAGUUUCAACCAACCAGGGUGUGGAUGUUGGGAGCGGCACUAAUCAUGAAUCUGCAAGUCUGGCUCCUUUGCGAUCUCAAAAGAGAGCUGAAAAGUGAGCAAGGUACCACCUAUAUUUAAUACCGAAGUGGAUCAUGUUGCUCUCUCUCUCUCUCCCAAUGAAGUUGACACCAUGUUUUACAGCUUUACGGAUUGGGAAAAUACACUACAGUACAUGCUGUUCACUAAAUGCUACAGGAUUAGUGGGACUGCUACUGUGUGGUGGCUCAGUAUGAAUUUUUAGGUUAAUACAAAAAAACCACAACGUUACAGAAGCUGUUGAAGAGCUGUGUAUAUUGUAUAUUUUCUCUCGACAUGGAGCCUCCUUUAUGCAUUCGAAGGUUUUUUUUUUUUUUUUACAAGUAAAUGCAGUUGAAGGUUGACUUAACUUUCGUUUGAUUUCAACAUUUUCUGAAUAUUUGUUUACUUGGGUACAAACAACAUCUGUUUACUUAAGUGAGAAAAGUAAGUUCUUGAAUGCAUGGAAUUUAUCGACUGUAAAGGGGAAAGUGGCUACUAUUUUAAGCAUCCAGGCUCUUUUCUUAUAUAAAGACCCUGAUGAAUCAGUAGUUGAAAGCAAUGAAGUGAACUGAGUCAGGCAGCCUUUUCUCCACACACGCACUCAUAUUUCAUAAUACUGGCUGCUACAUCUUUGCUUGUGACCAACUGUGAUAAACUAGCACAAGACUGAGUAGAACUUAUCCCAAGACAAAAGGCAAACGUUCUACUUACGUCUCCCCUAACACACAUUUUACAUGAACUCAAAUCUGACAGUUUAAUUCUGAACUUGAAAGAGGAACUUAUCUCCCGUUGUAGCACUCGUGAUAUACUUAUAACGUGCAAUGAGUAGCUGUAAAUUGAGCCAUUGCUGCCUUAACCUUAGCUUGAAUUGCUUUGAUGAUGGUUUAUGUUUUGGUCCCAUACACACUGCCCCACAGGAUACCGAUUACUGAGACCUUAACUUGCAAAAGAAGAAAUGAUUUUUAACGCAUCAUUUGAAUCACUCUUCCAUUACCGUGGUGUAACACAAUCCAGCUAGUAGAUCAAACAUGGCUAGAAUACCGUGAGAAAUUGAAAUUUUGAAUGGUAGGCUUUGGCGAUGCACUAACGGUCAAAGAAAAAUUGAAAAUUUGGGGUGCUCAUAGGUCUGAAAGAAUUUAUGUUUGGCUGUUCUUGUGCCAACAACCAGAUCCAAAGAUUAAAUCAGCUUCGUGCUAGUGGUAUAAGAUCAACCAGUGAGAUAUACUAAUGCUUUCUUCUGCGACCCUGUCUUACGAACUUAGCUUGAUGUUGGAAUACUCUGACCAGUGGCAUUGUUCGAAGAUGAGCUAAACAGCUACACAGAACUAAUCAAUGGUAACGAGGAGUUGAUUCUAGCGAGAAUUCCGGCCAGAUUUUAGAUGUUAAACAACAUAUCAAGUUCAAGAACUUUAGCUUGUGAUGAUGCAAAUUUAAGAACACAUGCACUACCUAAUCUCAUUAAGAAGGCUAUUAAGUAGCUAAAAGUACAUGU